AAAAAUCAUGGCUUGUAUUUUCAAAAUAAAAUCUCUCGAAAAUUCCUGAAUGUAAUAAAAAUAAACAUGUGGAUAAAUUCAUGAGCUUUAAAAAAAGGGCAUGAUUGAACGUUGAAUACCUAAAUUGUCUGUUGCACUCAAGUCAUGUUAACAGAGAGUAGAAAACGUCCAAGCCAAAAUAUUUAUGAUGGAGAUGCAUUUAAGAACUUGGAUCUCGAUAAAGACUACCAAAUGUUUUACAAAAUGGAAUUCAAUGAGGAGGAAGAUGAUCAAAUAGCUAGUCAAAUAGAGAAAUGUUUAUUUUGGGUAGCUAAGAAAAAAAACCUGGGCAUUGAACCGUCAAUAUGCAUAGAAAAAAGCAAAAAUGGUAUUGCAACACCUGUGCUAAAGCUUUUUAAACCUGUGGAACUUGGAAAGACUUCAAACUUCCCAAUUCCAAGUAUUUCAUGUAUAAAAGACUUAUUGUGGAAGCUGCGUCUUGAAUGGCAAUACAAGAAUCCGUCCAACUUUAAAGGAAAAUGGCUUCUUGGUCUACCGAACGCUCCUGAAGUUUAUCCUAAAUCCCCUGUACCGAUUUAUAUACCAUUUGACAUUGCAUGCACUGCAAACGGCUGCUCUGAACUUUGCUUUGCGGAUUUAAAAAGGGAAGAGAUAAUACGCUGUCCCAAGCAAAACCGUUGCAUAGUCAGUGCGUUGGAAAACUUGAAAAAGGACAGAAAACACACAAACCAAACUUCUGUCAAGAAAGACAAAUCAGUUUCGACAAAUGAAACUUUUCUCAAGACGAAAAUCAAAUCUCAAGAAAUACCUGCUGAAGAAGUGGUCAAAUGCAAAUACGAAGGAAGUGAGCAGUCAAUAGAAGAAGUCAGACUGUUUAAAAAGUCAAACCCAAAUGACAAGCUCAGUUUUGUCACAUUACCAAGAUUGAGCAUAUUCCCAGUUGAAAAUGGUAUAUCACAUACUCCAAAAAUUAAAGCCAAAAGGUUUUAUAAGAAAAAAAACAAAUCACUUAAGAAACUAUAGUUUAACAAGCUAUUGAAAAGAAUUUGACAAUCAUAGACUCUUUGACCUCUAAAUUAUUUCUCUGUUAAAAACCACCAGUAAAUAAAAAUUCUCCAAUAAAUAUUUUGCAAUUUAAAUGUACUUCUGUUUUAAAU